AUGUCGUUCACCUUUGGAACCCAGGGCUCGUCGAGCGCUCCAUCGAAUAACCCGACGACUACAGCCCCGGCCACUGGUGGUCUCUUCGGAGGUGCUUCUUCUGGAGGCACUCCCUCGUUCUCGUUCGGCUCAGCUGGUGGCUCUACCGGCGGCAACAACGCAACCUCAAACAGCGCUGGUUCCAUUUUCGGCCAGAAGUCUGCCGGCGACGCGCAGAAGCCUGCAGGCGGUUUAUUUGGGGGAGCUCCUUCGUCAAACACGGCUUCAACACCCACUUCUGGGGGUCUGUUUGGAGGAGCUUCGACGACUCCAUCAACCAGCGGUCUCUUUGGCGGAGCAAACAAUGCCUCCUCUACGCCUACGUCGGCGGCCCCUUCCUCCGGAGGCUUCUUUGGAGGAGCUGGCGGCGCCUCUAGCACAACACCGGCAUCUGGAGGUUUGUUUGGAGGUUCCAACACAUCAUCGUCUAAACCAGCUUCCAGUGGCAUGUUUGGUGGUGGUGGUGGCUCAUCUUCUGGCGGCGGUCUCUUUGGGGCUCAAAGCAGUGGUGCUCAGUCUCAAAGCACAACUACAACAUCUGCGGCACCUUCAUCUGGUCUGUUCGCGCAAUCAGGAAGCGGCCUGUUCGGGAAUAAAACUGGUACAACUCCCACGACAAACCCGCAGAGCACAACACCAACAACGGCUUCCGCAGCAACACCUGCCAAACCCAUGUUUUCUCUCCCGUCGACGACUCCUGCGGGAGCUCCUCCGAUUGAUUCAUCUAAGUCUGCAGCUACAACUGGAACGACCGCUGGUGGACUAUUCGGCGGCGCGGCAAAGUCGGCUGCUCCAUCAACAUCAGCACCUGCUGCCCCAGCUACCUCUGGACUUUUCGGAGGUGCUCAAUCUGGAGCUGGCUCUUCUGCUGGCGGUCUGUUUGGUAACAAACCCGCAGCUACGACUGGAGGAUCUGCCGGUGGUCUCUUUGGGGCUGCAACAAGCAACAGCACUCCGGCUACUUCAGCGACAUCGGGCUCCGCGACAGCUACCACAGGGUCUGCAGGAUCCAUGUUUGGCGCGAAACCCGCUGCUUCUACGGCAUCAGCGGCUCCGGCUUCGACAACUACAAGCAGCGGGCUUUUUGGUGGUGGUGCUACCAGCUCUGCUACCACGUCUUCCGCAGCCCCAGCAACCGCCAGCACCGCUGGAGGUUUGUUCGGAAACAAGCCAGCGGCCACCACGACUGCAUCCGCAACUCCCGCAGCUACUGCGACCGCGGGUGGUCUAUUUGGAGGUGGCACGCAAGCUGCAUCAACUGCUGCGGCAGCCAAACCUGCUUCAUCUCUUUUCGGUGGUGCAGCUCCUGCAUCAACCGGAGCGACGCCCGCGCCGGCCGCUUCAACGGCCGGAGGUUUAUUUGGAGCUAAACCAGCAACAGACGCAGCUAGCAAAGACAAGGAAGAGCCUAAGCCUGCGGCGCAAAAUGGCACGACAAAUGCCCUCGGCGCAUCCACCACGGGUCCGACUUCGCAGAUGGCAAGACUGAAAAACAAGACCAUGGAAGACAUUGUCACUAGAUGGGCUUCAGAUUUGACCAAAUAUCAAAAGGAGUUUAAGGAGCAGGCCACUACAGUUUCGACAUGGGAUCGUAGCCUGGUUGACAAUGGCGAAAAGAUUCAGAAGCUUUACCUGGACACUUUUGAGGCUGAGCGAGCCAGUCACGAAAUUGAGCGCCAACUCGCCACCGUAGAAAGCCAACAAGAAGAACUUGAGGCAUGGCUGAAUCGCUAUGAAACAGAGGUGCAGGACAUGUUUGCUAAACAAAUUGGACCCGGCGAGCAGCUUGCUGGUCCCGAUCAGGAGCGCGAGCGAACAUACAAGUUGGCUGAAAAACUUACACAGCAACUGGAUGAAAAGUCUAGAGAUCUUUCCAAGAUGGUUAAGGAAAUAAAUGACAUUUCUGGUACUUUAAGCAAGGGAGCCAAGACCGAAGAUCCUCUGAGCCAGAUCGUUCGGGUUCUCAACAGUCACCUCACACAAUUGCAGUGGAUUGAUGCAAAUGCGUCCACCUUGCAGGCUAAGGUUUCCGCUGCACAAAAGUCCAGCAGCUCGCUCAACAGUCACUAUGCCGGACCGGAAAGCGAUGCCGCCGAAGGCUUUUACCGAUCUUACUAUGGACGUCGAUAA